AUGGGGUGCCUGCAGAGCGUGGCCUGCAAGGCGCGGGUGCGCCGCGAGCAGAUCGUGGUGUCGGACGUGUCGGCCACCAUCGAGCCGGCGGCCACGGCCAUCGAGGAGAGCUCGCCGGUGGUGCUGCGGUACCGCACGCCCUACUUCCGCGCCUCCGCCCGCGUCCUCAUGCCGCCCAUCGCCCGCCGGCACACCUGGGUGGUGGGCUGGAUCCAGGCCUGCAACCACAUGGAGUUCUACAACACCUACAGCGACCUGGGCGUGUCGAGCUGGGAGCUGCCUGACCUGCGGGAAGGACGAGUCAAAGCCAUCAGCGAUUCGGAUGGGGUGAGCUACCCCUGGUACGGAAACACCACAGAAACCGUGACCCUGGUGGGGCCCACGAACAAGAUCUCCAGGUUCUCGGUGAGCAUGAACGACAACUUCUACCCCAGCGUGACGUGGGCCGUGCCCGUGAGCAACAGCAACGUGCCGCUGCUGACCAGGAUUAAAAGGGACCAGAGCUUCACCACGUGGCUCGUGGCCAUGAACACCACCACCAAGGAGAAGAUCAUCCUGCAGACCAUCAAGUGGAGGAUGCGGGUGGACAUUGAGGUGGACCCCAUGCAGCUGCUGGGGCAGCGGGCGCGGCUGGUGGGCAGGACUCAGCAGGAGCAGCCGCGGAUCCUCAGCAGGAUGGAGCCCAUCCCGCCCAACGCACUCGUGAAGCCCAACGCCAACGACGCCCAGGUGCUCAUGUGGAGACCCAAGCGAGGGCAGCCCAUCGUGGUCAUACCUCCCAAGUAGGGCGUGCAGCUGAGCCCCUGGCUGCCCCCAGCCCGCUGUACACGGACAGGGCUGCCGAGCCAAAGCUCACCUCUGGGCUCUCCUGCCUUUCUUGUUGUGCUUGGAAACGUGGCUCCUCCUCGGGCAGAAGUAGAGCCCGGCUGGCACAAGGGCGCAGAAGAGGGUUUGCUGAGCUGGAGGAUUUCCCUGAAGCGGAAUGGAGUACUUGCAGCUGGCACAGAGGCCGUCUGACACAAAGGACUCAUCUUUCCUUGCGGGGCGGCGCGAGGAGCAUGAGUGUGGUUGAGCCGUGCCCGUGGCAGAUGCUGCUUCCCACCCAGCCCGAGGGAGAAGCAGAGGCUGUUCCUGCUGGCAGGGGGCUGCCGUGUCCCUGCCGUGUCCCUGCCGUGUCCGUACCUAUGCAUUUCAGAUCCAUGAUCCCCCCCUCGCCUG